AUGGCUCCUGGUGGUCCCCCUGGAACAAGCUCGCGCGGCCGAGGAGGAAAAUUCAGAAAGCCCGCUAGAGGAGGUGGUAAGAAGUUCUCACGCGACAUCCGACCUCUCGAUGCCGAUGGAAACGAAGUCAGCAUGUGGGCUGUCGAUCAUGACAAGGAAAACGGUGACGAAGAGGACUCUGAAGAGGAAGAAUCCUCUGAAGAGGAGGAAGACAGCGAUGAUGGUGCUGGUCCUGCCAAGGAACUCACCCAAGAGCAGACGCGAGAACUUCACAAAGCCGAGAAGAAGGCCCGCAAGGAGGCAGCGAUAGCCAAAUCGAAGGCCAAGACAGUUGAGGUCGGCGACCUGCCCUCAAGCGACUCUGAAGAGAGCGACAGCGAGGAUGAAGACAUGCCCGCCAACCCCAACCACUCCAAGAAAGCGCGCAAGCAGGCUACCGCGGGAGUCGAUGAGCUCACAGAAGACAUGGAGAAUUUGCAGGCGGCACCCACUCGACGCGAGCGCGAGGCCCUCGAGGCUGCAGCGGCCAAGGAGAAGCACAUGCGCCUGACAGCCCAAGGCAAGACCGACGUUUCCAGGGCCGAUCUGGAACGCCUCAAGGCUAUUCGUGAGCAGCGCGAACUUGACGCUGCCCGACGACAAGCCGAGCGCGAAGAGAGGGAGGAGCAAGAAAAGGUCAAGAAGUCUGAGAUCGAGGCGAGAGAGGCACGCAAACGAGAGGCCGCUCUCGGAAAGAAGGGCAAGAAGAAAUAG